GUCGAUGGCCUUGGGGAGGGAGGAGCCUUGGUGGGACGAAGGGGCUUCUGGGCUGGGGAAUGGGAGAGAGACUUCCUUGGGGAGCGGAAUUCAGCUGCACGCUGGAGUCAGCUGGAGUCGCCCAGGCCCUGUGAGCAAAUGGCAGGCGUGCCCAGCUGCACUGGGGAGAAGGCUGUUCUCAAGGCCAAGGUCAUUUGUGGAGGGAGAACUGGAUGCCUGAUCAAAUCUGGGGCACAACUGGGAAACGUAGCAGGCAAAGCCUCCCAGGUGCCCUCCGCAUCACACCCCCUCCCUCUCACUUCCUGAGGGGGCCAGGAAGAACCUCCUUCCUCCUCUCAGAAGGGCUUAGACAGAGGCAGCAGCUCACAGGGCAUCUACUCUGCCUGCUUGCCCCGGGCCCACCUCAGCUCUGGCUCCUCCAGGCCUGCAAUGGACUCAGCAGCCAAGGAUGAGAUGCAGCUGGCGUUGUCCCCUGGUUAUUCCUGCCCAGGGCCUGAGUGGCCGGAGCAGGAGCGGGCAGAGCAGCUGGCCCGGGGUGCAGCGCUCAAGUGGGCCUCAGGCGUCUUCUACCGGCCGGAGCAGCUGGCCAGGCUAGGCCAGUACCGCAUCCGCGAGGUGCAGCGUACCUGCUCCCUGGAAGCACGCCUCAAGUCAGUGGUGCAGUCAUACCUGGAAGGCGUGCAGACUGGUGUGUGGCAGCUGGCCCGGGCCACUGAGGUGGUGCAGGGAACCCGGGAGGCCCUGAGCCAGGCCCGGGGGGUGCUCCAGGGCAUGUCCCAGGCCUUACAGACUCUAGAGCCCCUGCGGGAGCGGGUUGCCCAGCACAAGCAACUGCAGGCCCUGUCUCACUUGCUGCCUCGGCUGCGGGCAGUGCCAGCUGCAGUGGCCCACACACAGACUCUGAUUGAUGGCCAACAAUUCUUGGAGGCAUAUGUGAGCCUUCGAGAGCUGGAGCAGCUGCGAGAGGAUACGUGGGCACCCCUGGGGGGCCUGGAGUUGCCAGUCUUCCAGGGGCUGGACCUUCUGUUCGAGGCACUGGGCCAGGCUGUGGAAGCAGCUGCAGGGACCGCAGGGAAGCUGGCACGGGAGGACCCAGCCCUGCUGGUGGCUGCUGUGCGUGUGGCGGAGGUGGAGACUGGACGAACAACCCCCCUGGGCCAGGUCCCCCGGGACUGGCGUCAGCGCUGUCUGAGGGCACUACAGGAGGGCCUGGAGCGGGCCCACUUUGGGUCACCUCUGCUGCCUGCACCAGGGGCCCUACCAGGGUGGCUGGAGGCUCUGCGAGUGGCCCUGCCAGUCGAGUUGGUCACAGCUGAGGCACUAGUAGCGCCUUGCUGCCCGCCACACUACAACGUGGUCCAGCUAUGGGCCCACACGCUGCAUAGUGGUUUGCGCCGCAGCCUGCAGAACCUCCUUGCAGGGCCUGAGCUAGAAGCUGCGGAUGCCUUCGCCUUGCUGCACUGGGCACUGCAUGUGUACCUGGGGCAGGAAAUGAUGGGGAGCCUGGAGUUGGGGCCUGAGGCUGAUGUGUCCCAGCUGGAGCCCCUUCUGACCUUGGAGAACAUUGAGCAGCUGGAGGCAACAUUUGUGGCCAACAUCCAGGCAAGUAUGUCUCAGUGGCUGCAGAAUGUGCUGGAUGGGGAGGUAGCUGAGUGGGGCCGGGAGCAGGGGCCCAACACAGACCCGUCUGGCUCCUAUUACUCACCAAUGCCAGCCAUCGUGCUGCAGAUCCUGGAAGAGAACAUUCGUGUGGCCAGCCUGGUCAGUGAGUCACUGCAACAGCGAGUGCACGGCAUGGCACUGUCAGAACUGGGCAUAUUCUUGAGGAGCUUCAGUGAUGCUCUGAUCCGAUUCUCCCGAGACCACUUAAGGGGGAAAUCAAUGGCCCCACAUUACGUGCCCUACCUACUGGCCGCCCUCAACCACAAGUCAGCACUCAGCUCCUCAGGGUCUGUCCUACAGCUGGACGGAGCGGCUUCAGGGGCCUUGGCUCCAGUGGAAGCUGCGCUGGACGAGUUGCAGAGGAGGAUCUACCGCCUGGUGUUCGAGGCGCUGCAGGCGGAGCUCCAGCCCCUGUUCGCGGAUCUGCCCUCGCGCCAAUGGCUGUCGAGCCCUGAGCUGCUGGAAAGUGUGUGUGAACGGACAGGGCGCUUCUGCCGGGACUUCUGGCGCGUGCGGAACCCCACAGUUCAGCAGCUGCUGCUGGCUGAGGCCGAGCGCGCCGUGGUGCUCCAGUACCUGAGCGCGCUGAUGCAAGGCCGCCUGGUGUGCCGCGGAGCCGACGAGAGGACACAGGCGGCCGAGCGCCUGCGGCACGAUGCUGCCCAGCUUCAGCAGCUUUUCCUCAGUUUGGUGAGAGCUUCUUGGGUGGGCAGACGGGCGUGUCUCAGUGGUUGGGUGGGAGACGAGGGCUGCCGCGAGACCCUACCCCGACGUGCUCAGGGCCUGGAGGAGAAAGCGCACUGCGCGCCGGUGCUGCUCGCCCUGAGAGAGCUGCUAAACCUCCGCGACCCCGCGCUGCUGGGCCUGGAGGUGGCUGGCCUGCGGCAACAAUUUCCCGACGUGAGGUGCGGACUGGGGGCCAAAAGGGAGGAGAAGCCGGAGGGCGGGAAGGACGGGGCUGACACGCCUCCUUGGUGCCCCUGCAGCGAGGACCACGUCUCCGCCCUCUUGGGCCUGCGCGGGGACUUGUCCCGGGAGCAGCACCUGGCCGCGCUCAGCUCCCUGCAGGCUGCGCUGCCGCCCUCGCCCCGCGCAAGCAGCCGCGUCCUCUUCAGCCUCGUGCCCGCGCCCGCGCCCGCGGCGGCCUCCUGCCUGCCCUCGGGGUCCUGCGCCCGAGCCCUGCUGCUCGCAGAAUAAACCACGGCUCCCGGACGCCUGAGUCUGUGUGUGUUGGGGAAGAUGAGAUGGAAUAAAAGUGCCCACGAGGGUUGAGGGAA